GUCACUUCCGGGACGACCCUAGCUAGCAAGAAGUAGGUGUACUUGCCUUCGCCAGUGGUGCUUGGUGGUUUCCUAAAACUAUGAUCUAUGGAUAUACUCUUCAGAAUAAGAGGUGGCUUCGAUCUGGCUUUUCAGCUAGCACCACCUAAAGAAAUGUUUAUCAAGAAUGCACUAAGACAGGUGCUGAGUGACCUGACUACCAAGCUCUCUUCAGAUGCUCUUGUGUUCAGAAUUUGCAACAGCUCCGUGUACAUGUGGCCGAACAGUGACGUAAGCACGGGAGAGCUGACUGAUGACUCUGCUUGUAAGAACGCAGUACACUUCAUUCAAUUCAAUCAAGAGGAGGAUACCAAGCAAAAAUUCAUUAAAAAGAAAGACAAAAAGUUAACUGACAUGCAACAAAUAGUAAAUAUAGAUCUCAUGCUGGAAAUAUCGACCCCUCUGGGAGCCGUAACCCCCAUCAUUGAAAGGGAAAAUGAAGAACACCACUACAUUAAUAUGAGCUUGCCAAUUGAUGCCGUUGUAUCUGUUGCUCCAGAAGAAACAUGGGGAAAAGUGCGCAAACUUCUAGUGGAUGCAAUUCUUAACCAACUAGUUGAUGUGGAAAAAUGCAUCUUGAGAUAUAUGAAAGGAACGUCUAUUGUGGUCCCUGAGCCAUUGCACUUUCUAUUGCCAGGGAAAAAGGAUCUUGUAACAGUUUUAUAUCCAUCAGGAGUCCCAGAUGAUCAGCUACAAGCCUAUCGAAAGGAGUUACAUGAUCUCUUCAGUCUGCCUCAUGACAGACCUUAUUUCAAAAGGAUCAAUGCUUAUCACUUUCCAGAUGAAGUAUAUAAGGAUGGCUAUAUCAGAAACCCACAUACUCAUCUGAGUCCACCUAACAUAGAGGGAAGUAUGAUUUGUGUGGUGCAGGGCAUCUAUGCCUAUCAUCACUAUAUGCAAGAUCGGAUAGACGACAACGGCUGGGGCUGUGCGUAUAGGUCCCUACAGACUAUCUGCUCAUGGUUCAGACAUCAGGGUUACACAGAAAGGUCCAUCCCAACACACAAGGAAAUUCAGCAGGCUCUAGUUGAUGCCGGCGACAAGCCAGCAACCUUUGUUGGGUCACGGCAGUGGAUUGGGUCUAUUGAAGUACAACUGGUACUGAACCAGCUGAUUGGUGUAACUUCAAAAAUACUGUUUGUCAGCCAAGGUUCAGAAAUGGCUUCUCAAGGACGGGAACUAGCCAACCAUUUCCAGAAUGUGGGCACGCCAGUAAUGAUUGGGGGAGGAGUAUUGGCUCACACAAUACUAGGAGUCGCAUGGAAUGAAACUACAGGGCAGAUCAAAUUCCUGAUUCUAGACCCACACUAUACAGGUGCUGAAGACCUGCAAGUGAUGCUGGAAAAGGGCUGGUGUGGAUGGAAGAGUCCAGACUUUUGGAACAAGGAUGCAUACUAUAACUUAUGUCUUCCUCAACGACCAAAUGUUCUUUAAGUUAUCUUGGAGUUAAGACUAUAAAUAUAAAAGAGCUAUUCUGGUGUUAAUAAAAGCAUAAUUUUAAAUUAAA